GAGUGGUAUGAUUUUAGGAGCAACCUUGUUCGCUAUGACUACAGACCUUUAAGUCUGGAUUUGAUCCAGCAGUUUGGAUUCAACCCAUUGAGUGAAGUGCAUGACUUCAACACAGGCGUAAGGUAUGUGAUAGACACAUUCCAAGGUAACUGCUCGUACUUCCCACUCCAAACAGUUGGCCUUGACAUUACCAAGGUCAGUCCCACAGAAGUACGGAUCCGGACGCCUCAGGAGUUCUUCAACUAUAACAAUGUCUCAGUGCCCUAUACCUACACUGGAGUGAGAAAAGUCCGUGACAUUCCAGCAGAUGUGUGGAUUGCUCAGAGGAAAGGAUAUCCUGGCAUCUGUGAUGACUGCACCACUGUGUGGGAGUGGUAUUUUGCUGUUUCCAACUGGACCCAGUAUAGUGGGAUGGUCAGGGAGGGAGGUGAGCCGAUCAGGUUGGAGGUGACCAUCAAGCAGAACCAAUUCAAACCAGAUACUGAUGUCCAUCUGAUUUACAAUGUGAUGGACUUUGACGAGAGUGAGCCACAACUUUGGACCUUUGACAUUGGAGCUUGCUAUGAAACACUAAGCAAAGUUUAUUUCAAGAUAGAAUUCCCAGGUGGAAAAAGGNAUAUUGACACUGUGGCCAAUAGCUUCAAUCUGUUUGCCUUACAAGAUAAGUUGGUUGUUAUACCUAGAUACGCCAAGGGUUCCAAGCCCUCCACUGCUGGUCCUGAUCUUAGUGUUUGUGAUCCUUCAAAAAUUUACAAUACACCAGGCCCAUCAUUGCCUGUGCUGCCAGAUAAAUUUUACACAUCUGUCCAAUGCAAUCUAUUCAACAAGAACAAGACGGUAGAGGUAGAUGUGUGGUACGACUUCCAAGGCAACAGAGCCGCCAUGGCCGAGUACCAGUACGAUGACAAGCUGCUGAUUAUCUACAACUAUGCAGAUGAUGAGAUCAUUGAAAUAGUCACAAAAGAAGAUAACCUAUGCUCGGUUGAGAAAAUCAGCACGUCCCAGUCAAGGCUUCUGUUUGGUUAUAACACCACCAGUGGCAAAGCACACAUCAAUAACCCCUAUGCAGUCUUUGCUUUUGGUGGAGAUAUGCAGGAGAUGUAUAUGGGGAAGACUGUGGUGAGGGGAAUGAAGACGGAUCACUGGUAUGGGUGCACAUACAACCCCUAUUCCAAGUACACUCUUAGUGUGGAUGCGUACUUUUCAGACAUUGCCAACUGGCAAACUCCUCUAGGCCCUGCCGUACCAGUACGUCUGUAUAUGCAAGGAUCAGAUCAGAGUGGACCCACACCGCGCUACUUUGAACACACAUACGACUUCUCCAACUUUAAGCCGGCGACAGACUUCCCGUUUGGUGAUGAGCCAUUCCAGGUACCUAAGGGAACAAUUUGUCCAGGAAGAGUGAACAACAAGCAGUUUCCACCACUGCCAAACUACUUUAGUUUCACAUCAGAGGUGGUUGCUCCAGAGUCAAAUACUACAAGUUUUCUUUACCAAGCUUAUGACUAUGGUGCCCGUUUGGUGCGUUACGACUACCGCGCUCUCCCUGGUGAUGGGAAUCCCUUUGGUAACAAUCCACUAUCAGAGGUCCAUGACUUUAAUACUGAUUUGAUAGAAGUGAAAAUGUUUUCAUUUCAGCAAGCUUAUGACUAUGGUGCCCGUUUGGUGCGUUACGACUACCGCGCUCUCCCUGGUGAUGGGAAUCCCUUUGGUAACAAUCCACUAUCAGAGGUCCAUGACUUUAAUACUGGAGUACGGUACAUCACAGAUACCAUCAAAGGGAACUGUUCCGUUCGUCCUAUCUCCUCCACAUCUUUCGAUUCUGUGAAUGCGAGUGCAUCUACUGUAAGGCUUAGGACUGCACUGGAGUUCUUCGACUAUGACAAAAAUGUCGUAACAUAUAACUACCAAGGAAAGCGUAAAGUACGUAAUAUGGUUGUGGAUGUGUAUGCAGCCAAGCGCACCAACUGGCCUCCCAUAUGUCCUGAUUGUACCUCUAUAUGGGAGUGGUCCUUCCAAAGUCCGGAGUGGACCCAGUACAGUGGGCGUCUGGAUGAGGGAGGAGAACCUGUCAUGAUAGAGAUCAAGCUCCCUGAAUUGAAUCUUCACUACAUUUAUAACAUUAUCAACUUUAAUGAAGACGAACCUUCUUUAAUGGAGUUUGAUAUAAGUCAAUGCUAUUCAACAAGAAGAAGGCAUUUCCAGUUCGAAUUGCCAGGAGAAGGCAAACCUUUGGUAGAGGCAGUUGGAAUCAAGGUGUUCAAAUAUGCAGUAAUGCUAGGAGUGGCAGGACAGUGUGGGAUAUCAAGUAUUAGAGUCACUAACAUUGUGGUGGAUUAUGAUACCAAAGAGGGGGUCCUGGUGUAUUUUACCAUGCUGGACAAAGCCCCAAUCACUGGAGAUGUUCCAGUGAAAAAACCAGAAGUCGACCUGGACGUGGCAGCAGAAAUAUUCACACUGGCCAUCAACAAAGGGAAUUUUUCAAUUCUGCUGCUGAACUCCACAAAUGCCUUUAGUCUGUAUGCUAAGCCUUACUCAAUAAAGGAGAAUGAACGGGCAGCAACAGCGAGUCCAGUAGUGCAACAAGGCUUGACUACAGGUCAAGCCACGGGUCUUGCCAUCGGAUUGUUCGUGCUCGGGAUCUUUUUAACUCUAGCCGUGGUUGUGUUGGUCUUUAAAAUGAGAAGCGGAUCUGGCAUGUUUUCACCACAGAGACUAGACGAAGUGGAGCUCCAUCCUUCAAACUAAAACGAAUAAAGAGAUGUUUCAUCCUGAAUUUAAUUAAAAAGCACAACACGGACGAGUUGCAGCAAGCAGAAUUCAGCAAGGAAGACAUUGUGUUAGUUGAGAUGGAUCAACCAACACAUUUUAGCUCAGGCUAUUUUUUUUUUCGGCGAACGGGCGUCGCGGACAAUUUUGACUCCAGUGUUUUUAAUGUUUAUCUGGAACGAUGUUGUUGCUGAAGCACUGAAAUGGUAAUUUUAUAGUCAUAAUAAAAAUGAUCACAAAAUACUCUGGUAAAAUAUAUAUAUAUGGUAAGGAAUAAAAUUUCCAGGAAUUGUAAGAUUUUGUACAAAAAUUUCGGUGUUCCUAAAUGUUGUUAAAUGGGAUAAUUGUUUACGUCACGUUUACAUUUAAAAUUAGUGUGAUAAACGAUAAGGCUAUUAGUCAAGGACAGUUUGCUGAUUUAUCUAGUUUCUUCUCUUCUCCCUAUCACGAUACAUGAACCUCAUUCAUUUUCAAUGCCUUUUAUAAAAUGCGACUUCAAUAUUAAUUGUCUGUUAUGUGCAGUAUGUAGGCAGUAUACUUUUAAGCUUCUUCAGUUGAGAGUUAGAAUUCAAGCAACAUGUACAUACAAACAUCGUAGUUCAGUGGAAUAUUUAUCAUGUCCUUUAUGUUUCCUAUAAGUAAAUUAUUUUGUUGAAAUAAGGAAUAAAUACUCUUACCACUGA